AGAAAUACACUUAUCAAGGCAUAGGACAUCAUGUCCGUAUUCGCAUCCCUUCGUCGUAGCGUCGGAUUCGGAGGUGGAAGUACUUCAACUUCACCAAUAGCAAGUAAACCUGCCGAGACAGACAAACAAUCAGAUCCUGACAUCAAAGUCAAAGCUAUUGUUCCCAGCACUUUAGCAAAUCUAAGCUUGGAAAAUAAGCAUGGCAAGCAUAAGGCAACAUACCCAAUACGAAAAGAGGUCACAAAGAUCGGUAGACUUGCUACCAAUGAUAUACGCAUUUAUCGGGAAACAGUUUCAAGAGUACAUUGUGAAGUGCAUGUAAAGGUAGAAGACUCUACAGUGACGGCUUCUCUGCACAUCUUUAACCCGAAAGGACUAAAGAUAAACGGAAACGAAGUAGAGAAAGAGACAAAAGGCGAACGUGUUGUGCCUCUUUUGGAUGGCGACUUGAUCGAAAUAUAUUCAAACUACUUCCGUAUGCGUUUGGACGCUUACGAUUCCAACAAGGAGAAUGACGAAAAUGCGCCGCAAGCCUCUACCGCCCCAGCAAGUCAAGGCAGAAAAUCUAUUCGAAUGAGCUUGGUACGCUCGAAAGUGACUCAAAAAACACAAUCGGAUGAAAUUGCUUCCUCUUCUUCAGCCCCGCAACAGCAUGCAUCCUCCAGCUCCGAAAGAUUACCUUUGGGAUCUUUGAGCUGUGCACAAGUAGGCCAGUCCAAGGCGGAAAGCCCACAGACACAAGCCAGCACAGGUAACCCCUUUGCACCUUCUCCCUCCAAGAAAUCUAUGCCAAAACAAGGAAGGAGAAGCUUGGUAUUUGCUACACCCAAAAGAGAGAGUAUCAGUCAGCAGCCAUGGACAGCAGAACCUAUCAAAAGACUUCAAAACCCAAUCAGUCCUAGAAAGCCUGCCCAAGCCCCAAGAAAUGAAGCAGAGGGUGAUGAUUCGAUUGUGUUCAUGGAAGAAAUAGAGGAAGAAAACGAUAAAGAUGCUGAGCUUGAUCAGGAGAACGGAAUGCUUCCAAAUGAGCUAGAUGAGUUGUUGGCUGUAGCACCUGUUGUUGGACCUGACACAAUGGAGGAAGACCAGAUAGGUAUUGACAGUAGCAGCUACGCAAGACAGACAAAGAGCGUAUCUCCCAAAAAAGUCAAGAGACGGUCAAGCUUCUUUGGCCGGGCAGGCGUAUUCGCCAAUUGGAACUUUGGCUUUUAUCCCGAAGAGCGCAAAGCGGCCGAAGAAGAUGAAGUAGACAAAGAGCUGAGCCCAUCUCCUUCUUUGAGUCCAAUCACUUCACCUAAUGGCACUCAAUACCUCCCCGAUCCACGACUUGAUUCGCAGGGUAGACCUCGUUUGCCGCGUAGUUUGAGCUCGCCCGAUGGUCUUGGACAUAGCUCGCCAAAACGACGAAUUGUAAGCUUGCGAACUGCAACUCUCUUGCGACAAGGACAAAAUGCAUUCGAACAGCAAAAGAUGCGAUCUCCGCCUUCUUCUCCGGUAAAGAGUUCAUUAUCGAAUGAUGCAACGCCUUCUUUGAUGGGACAAAUGCAACAGUUGUUCUCGUCUGCUGAUCAGCCCAAAGAUAGCUGCGAUAAAGACGAUGAAGAUGAAAUCGAUCAAAGCUUAAGCCUUGCAGAUGAUGAACCAGAAGAGGUGAAGACGGUUAUCCCUGCAAGCAAGCCGAGGAAGUCAGAUUCGUCUACGAUUGAGCGAGGAAAGCAAGCACUCGAGCUUCGCAAGAGUCGUGUUUCCAUGCCUGCAAAAUUGUUGAGCAUCGUAUCCGUUGACGGUCAUUCGAACGAGGAUAUUGAAGAUCUCAAAAAGCAAUGGCUUGCCGAACAGGAAGAGAGGGAUGAGCAAGAGGAUCUUAAGAAUGUUGUUCAAGAUGCUCUAACGAAACAGGAUGAAGGUCAUGAAACUGAUACAGAUAGCGAGAAUGAAAGUGAGGAUGAGACCGGGAAGGAACAAGAUGAAGACAAAGCGGAAGCGCCGGCCACUCCUUCGUCCAAGGUUCAGUACGGUAUGCUACGCUAUAUGGUCAGGGAGAAUGCUGAAUUGACGGCUCUAUUGGAUACUGUUGUAAAUGACGAGGAGAAAAAAGCAGCAGAAAGUACUCCAGUGAUACAAGAAGCGCCCAUAGGAGUAGCAGUGAUCGCUCAUGUGGAAGAAACAUCAUACGUAGAAGAAUCUACGGGGAAGAAUGAUGUAAUCACCGAUGGAGAUGGCGAAUGGCAGAUUGUGACACCCAGACGUCCUAGAUGGGAACCAAGCGAGAGGAAGCCGGUCGAGAACAGAAGAGUUUCUGAUACAUACGCGACUGCACAAAAAAAGCAAAGAGUGUCUCCCAAGAAGAAAUCUAAACGAAGGGUCACUGCAGCAGUCACUUCUUCACUGAACACUGAGUCAGGAAGCAACAUCAAGUCAUCUACAAAUGAGAAGUGUGACACAGAAGUCCAGCCAAGUGAGCAAGCUAUGGAAGCUGAAAAGGAAGCCUCGGCAGUAUCAAGCACUUCACCAAUCGAAAAUGUACAAGUGGAAGAGUAUGCAGUUGAGCAAAAGUCGCCGAAGAAGAGAUCUCCCACCAAGCAGUCACCUAUCAAACGAUCGCCGACGAAACCAACUGAACAAGCUGUUGAGAUUGAAUCGGAAGUCUUGGCACUAUCAACCGUCUCACCAUUCGAGAACGUACACGUAGAAGAGGCUGCAGUUGAGCAGAAGUCACCAAAGAAGAGAUCUCCCACCAAGCGAUCACCAGUCAAACAGUCGCCAACAGAGCCAAUUGAGCAGGCUAUGGAAGCUGAAUCAGAAUUCUUGGCAGUAUCAACCCUCUCACCGUUCGAGAACGUACCCGGAGAAGAGGUCGCAGUCGAGCAGAAUUCGCCGAAAAAGAGAUCUCCGAGCAAACGAUCGCCAGUCAAAAAGUCGCCGACGAAGCCAAUUGAGCAGGUCGCGGAAGUUGAAUCAGAAGCAUUGCUAGAAUCGAUCACUUCGCAAUUUGAGACUGUGCAGGUUGAAGAGAUUGCAGUUGAGCAAAAGUCACCGAAGAAGAGAUCUCCGAGCAAGCAAUCGCCAGUCAAACGGUCGCCAACAAAACAAAAGCUGGUGCAUGAAGACCUCACUCUAUCUGUACAGGCUACUGAAGUGGAAGUCAUCCCGCAGCCUGUUCCUAAAGAGUCUUCUGAGGAAGUCCAUGAACCUUCUUCUGAAGCUGGAGCAAAGAGUGAUGAAAGUACAAUUGAGACCAAGCAAGAGUCAAGAAGUCCUCUGAAAAGCAUGUCGCCAAGCAAGAAGGUGAAAAGUAGUACAGUUGUUUCCGCACCAAUUCCCUCUUCGCCAAAGAGGCUGAGAUCGCGUAGUCCAGUAAAGCGAGUCGAGAGGAAUAUGGAGGAGGACGAUGACAAGGAGAAUGAAAUUCCAAUCGUCCUUCAAUCUUCAUCGCCGGUUAAGAAAACGAGAUCAACAGCAAAGAGUGCAUCGGCAACAAAGCCAUCACAAACUCGUGGAAGGAAGAAAGCCAAAGAAGAUUCAGAACCAGAGGCGGACGUGGUAGAGUCAGAACCGGCUGAGAGAGCAACAUCUACUACACGUCGAUCGACAAGGACGGCGACGAAAAAGACUUCAACUCUUGACGUUCCUGCUUCGGAACCUGCGAUGCCAACGUCUGAUUCUAAUGUGCGCACUACUCGAAGCGGUAGAUCUGUUCGUAAACCAAAGGAUUUGACACAACCCGCCACUGUGAUUGCAGUUCAAUCUGACCCUGUUGAGGCUCCAGCGGCUUCAAGUACGGGCAGAGUGACACGCAAUCGAGCUCGCAAAGCAGCUGCUUGAGUGGAUUUGUCACGUACAAUAUGCAUUUUUAUGAGCAUCAAAUAUAUAUUUCUUGCAAUCAUCAUAUACAAGUCCGU